AUGAGAAAACAAAAAAAUGAAUUAAUAGAAAUGAAGAAACAAAAAACUGAAUUAAUAGAAUUGUUUAGAGAUAAUGAGAAACUAAAGAAAGAAAUGAAAUCACUAGAUGCCUCUAUAUUUAUUAAAGAAGCUAAAUAUUUAGGAAGUAUUCCUAAUGAUCCAGUAACUAGAAAUCUUGAAUAUUAUUUAAAUGGCACAUCUGAAAGAAAAAGAAGUGAAGUUAAUCCUAGAGACAUUAUCUUCUCUGUAAAUUAUCCCAAAUAA